GUACUCCAUCUCCGUGAUGGCAAGAUACACUUCAGAAUGUGGGGAAGAAGGGAUCAGCUGCUAAGGGGAUUUGAAUACCAGAGACUGGAGCUGAGAGCCUCAUCCAGUAAACAUUACCUGAAUGAUGUCACUGCACGGAGCUGGUUUGAAGUCGGUUCUAUUAGCAGCAAUUCUUCAAACUGGAGCAGAUCCAUGUCUUAAACAGCUUUCAUCCUCCCCAAAAAUCAGUCAACGUGCCAGUUUGUUUGCCGUGUGGUGGGAGGGAUGCUCAGGUAUAUCUGAUGGUACCUACAGGAACUCUGGCCCACAUCAGGAAUACCCUGAGGAAAAGUCGUGCACGUUUAUGGCAAUCUCAGAGGCCUUGGCAUCAAAAUAAACUUGAGAAAAGUGUUGGCCGUCAUCACUGGCAUUGCAGACGGGGACUGUGCCUCGAAAUAGAGCUUGGCAGAGCUCAGCACUCAUGAUGGCUCAGUGGAGAAGGCGGAUUUGCUUUUCCAACCCGCGACGUUUCAUAAACAUUUUCUGUUUGUUGGAGCUGUGGAACCUCACCAGAUCAAACCCUGCGCUAAUCUGCUGGAGUUGCCUCCCCAGACUUUUGUCUCCAGUGUGUACACACAUCUGAUCGCUGCAGUUUGGGUUUGUCCUGGCACACGUAUCCCUUUGUGUUUGUCCACGAGCAUGUGGGAAGAGCCCCAGAAAUUCUCCAGACGAUGGUUUAUUUUCUUUUAUCUGGUCCUGAGGACUCCAUUGAGCUGAGAAGCCCUUUGAGGCAGCCUUUGACUUAGGGGGUUGAUCCACCAUCUCCUUCCUGACGCACUGGGCCUUGGAUUCAUUCCACGGGAAGGGAAGCUUGGAAGUGCACGUCCCAAACCGCUGCAACACCAGGCUGUACAGAAAUCUCUCGAUCUGAAGCAGGACGCGGAGGGGUUUUAAAUUCAGACGGGUGUUUUGGAAUCCUCAAGGAACAGCAUGAGUAGGGUCCCACAGAGAUAGACAGGAAGUUUGACUCGCGGGGGCUGAGCAUCCUCCGGCUGCUCCAGUCAGAAUGAAAACACUCUGUGUUCAAGACAAAGGAAUGCCAAGGUGGAAGAUCUUUGGAGUCUGACCAACUUCUUUGGAUUUGCAACUGAAACGUUUGUUUUGGCUGUCAACAUUCUGGACAGAUUCUUGGCUCUUAUGAAGGUGAAACCGAAGCAUUUGUCUUGCAUUGGAGUUUGCUGCAUCCAGCUGGCCGCCCGCGUCGUGGAGGAGGAAUGCAAUAUCCCAUCUGCUCACGAGAUCAUCCGGAUCAGCCAAUGUAAAUGCACUGUGUCCGACCUGAAACGGAUGGAAAAGAUAAUUUCAGAAAAGUUGCACUUUGAAUUUAAAGCUACUACUGCCUUAACCUUCUUGCACUUGUACCAUACUAUUGUACUCUGUCAUACCUCAGAAAGGAAAGAAGUAUUGAAUCUGGACAAGUUGGAAGCACAGCUAAAAGCUUGCAACUGCCGUCUAGUCUUCUCUAAAGCAAAACCAUCUGUCCUGGCCUUGUGCCUUCUCACUCUGGAAGUUCAGAUGCUGAAAUCUGUUGAGCUAUUGGAGAUCCUUCUGCGUGUUCAAAAGCAUUCAAAGAUAAGUGAUAGUGACCUACUUUACUGGAGGGAGCUGGUCUCUAAAUGCCUGGCAGAUUAUUCUUCUCCUGAAUGCUGCAAGCCUGAUCACAAAAAACUUGUUUGGAUUGUUUCGAGGCGUACAGCCCAAAACCUUCAAAACAGUUACUACAGUGUUCCCGAGUUGCCAACAAUCCCGGAGGGUGGAUGUUUCAAUGGAAACGAGAGUGAAGACUCCUGUGAAGACAUGAGCAGCGGGGAAGAAAGCCUUAGCAGUUCUCCUCCGAGUGAUCUGGAAGGCACCUUCUUCUUUGAACUCAAACCUAAACCCAAGUGGCAAACUCUCAGCUGUCGGUUUUAGCACUGAGUCUGGAUUGUAUUGGGUUGAAGUUUUGAAUGCACCAUAGAGUCUUUUGGCAAUAAUAAAUGAGGUGGUAAUCUGUAAACUGUAUUAAGGCAAAACUUUCUGUGGUAUAUCAAUGCUUUGAAUGCCUGCCUUGGUUUUUUUGUUGUUGUAAUUUUAAGGAAUUAAAAAAAAAAUUCAGGUCCCCAGAUCAGCAAAAAAAAAAAAAAAAGUUGUAUUGUUCUUUUGUCAACAGCCAUGAAUGUAGUUCUUUACCUGGUGGUCCAAAACCUGUAGCAGCUCAACACCUGGGUUGAUUUCAGGGUCUUGCCUGAGAAGCACGGAGCAAGAGCGAGAAGCUUUCCUGAGAUUUAAGCAGGAAGCUCGUGGUUAAUGGAAGAAACUUGUUCCAUGGGGUCAGUCAAGCAAGGGAGAGGCCCAGGAGGAGCUGUGCAGUUGUUGUUGUCCUGGGAUGUUCUGGGGAGUCAACAUGACAGAACCCCAGACUUGGCUUGAUUUCAGUGUUGACCCCGCUUUGAGCAGGCGACUGGACUGUAGCCCCUCUCGAGGGCACCUCCACUCCUUAGUGUUUUGGGAUUAGAUCCAAGUGGCUGAGUAGGUUAUGUGGAACGGUGCAUGUAUGUAGUACCAGGCUGGAAUGAUUUACUCUCCAAUGGGCUGAACACUGAAACUGCUUUUCCUUUUCAGCAGGGUCUUGAGUUGUGUACUCCAAGUAGCAAUUUUUGAAGCUUGGCUUUUAUAAACUUCAGGGAUCCCUAUUUCACACCAGGAGUAAGUGUGGUAAGCAGGAGGUUUCUAGUCAAUAUAGUUUUCACUUUGAGAUAGUAUAAAUUGUGUGGCCAGAAGUAAUUCCAUGUUUUCUUUAAUACAGAUGUUUUUACACUGAAAUUCACAUUGUAUCCUUCAGUGUGUUUCAAAUCUUAACAUGUCAAUCCAUGCUAUUAGCUUUAGACCUUUUAACAUGGUAAACCUUGCUAAGUCUACAUUCCUUUGAAUAUUUAACCCUUGUAGUUGUUUUUCAGUAUAUUCAUGUUAUUGAUUGAGUCAUAAUCAGACUUGUUUGCAUGCUGAUGUAAAGCAGUUAGUGCAGGAGAAGUUGAAAUUAUGCAGUAAAAUAUCAGGUAAAUGUGAUGGUGAAGUAGUUAAUGUAAUGGUUUUUCUUCUGAACUUUGUUAUCAAAGCACAAGUUCCAGUCUAAUUGUGUUUCUCCCUGGUGAGGACACGGCUAAAGCAGACUAAACUAGCUCAGAGUAAUGGUGUGAGGGUGUGUUGGUGCCAAAGUAGAAAUGAAGGAGCAAACAAGCUAAAAGCUGUUUCAUAGGUGCAAGCGUUGCUUUAGAAAGGUAAGAGUGAUGCUGUAAGUCCAUAACUGUUAUGUGAUUUCAGUUUUCUAAAAACACACAAAAGUUUACAAAAAGUGUAUAUGAAAAUGUAAAUUAAAAAAAAUGUACAGAAAAAAAAUUUAAAACAAAAAACCGAGCAGAAAAUACUGUAUUUUUUUACAUUGUAUGUAACUUUUUGUAGUUCUGUGGCAUGUAGAUAGUAAUUUAUUGUGUACUCUGUAUGAUACAAAUACUGUACCUCUGAAGCCUUCUUGCUGCAAGUCCUCUGCUCACUUCAGGAGUCCUUGGGUAAGGAACCUACUGAGUCUUGUUUCAGUUGAGAACAAAAAUAAACCAAGUGCUGUAUUUGUUA